CCAACUCUAAGGUGAGAGGACACGGGGGGCAACACUAGCUUCUAGGACACCAGACAAAUCCGAAAUGACGGUUAAGAAGCGCCCUUCAGACCUGACGAGCUUGGAGCGGUUCAACCUCUACUACAAGGAGAAAGAGGAACCGCUGACCAAGGGCCAGAAAGCCAAGCGGUUCAUAUGGAACCCCAAGACCAAGGAGUUCUGCGGGAGGACUGGAUCCAGCUGGUCCAAGAUAUGCCUAUUCUACUUCACAUUCUACAGCGCACUGGCCAUUCUGGUAGCUAUCUGCAUGUGGACCUUCCUUCAAAUGCUGGACCAGAGACAGCCCAAGUGGAAACUCCAGGAGAGCAUCAUCGGCACGAACCCAGGGCUCGGGUUCAGGCCCACGCCUCCAGAGGUCUCCAGCAGUGUGAUCUGGUACAAAGGCAACGACCCAAACAGCCACCAGUUUUGGGUUAGGGAAUUGUCCAGCUUUUUGACAGCGUACAAAAGAGACGGCAAAAAAGCCGGUGCGGGUCAGAACAUCCACAACUGUGACUUCAAGCUCCCUCCCCCGGCCGGGAAGGUCUGUGAUGUGGACAUCAGCGCCUGGGGUCCCUGCGUCGAGGGGAACCACUUCGCGUACCACGCCUCAACACCUUGCAUCUUCCUCAAGCUGAACAAGAUCUACGGGUGGAAGCCAAGCUUCUACAACAGCUCUGAUGCUCUGCCGAAGGCCAUGCCUGAGGACUUGAAGGAACACGUCAAGAAUAUUACCGCGUAUGAUAAGAAUUAUUUGAACAUGGUGUGGGUAUCCUGUGAGGGGGAAAACCCCGCCGACCGCGAGCACAUUGGUCCAAUCCAGUACCUGCCUUAUAGGGGCUUCCCCGGGUACUACUUCCCGUACACCAACCAGGAGGGCUACCUCAGUCCCUUGGUCGCCGUCCACUUUCAGAGGCCGAAGACUGGCAUGCUGAUCAACAUCGAAUGUCGUGCGUGGGCGCACAAUAUAAAGUACGACCGCCACGAAGGCAUGGGUUCCGUGCACAUUGAGAUCAUGAUUGAAUAA